CAUUAAUUUCAUUUCACAUCAUAUCCAAUCCAUAUCUCAAGUGUAUAAUGAUCGCGGUGGUCUCACUAAUUUUUUCAUACGUUUCUAUUUAAAGUAGUGAAGUGAGUGAAAUAGUGCCUACACGAUCAUAUUGACAAUUAGAUAGUUAACAUAAAUAGCAAAAAUGUUUAGCUGGCUCAAGAAGGAGGGAGAAAAGUCUGAAAGUAUCGACAAUGUCGUCGAAGGGCUUAAAAGAAUUUAUAAGACCAAACUCCUGCCCCUCGAGCUGCAUUAUCAGUUUCACGACUUUCAUUCGCCGCAGUUGGAGGAGCCCGACUUCGAUGCCAAACCUAUGAUACUUUUGGUAGGACAAUAUUCGACCGGUAAAACGACCUUCAUCAAAUAUCUCCUAGAAAGAGAUUUUCCCGGGAUCCGAAUCGGUCCGGAGCCCACGACCGAUCGUUUUAUUGCAGUAAUGUAUGACGAAAAAGAAGGCGUAAUACCAGGUAACGCGCUCGUUGUCGACCCAAAGAAACAGUUCCGCCCUCUUAGUAAGUUCGGCAACGCCUUCCUAAAUAGGUUCCAAUGCUCAACUGUUGUGUCCCCCGUACUCCGCGGUAUCUCCAUAGUGGAUACCCCUGGCAUUCUCUCAGGAGAGAAGCAGCGCGUCGACAGAGGCUACGACUUCACAGGGGUGCUGGAAUGGUUCGCCGAGCGAGUCGAUCGCAUCAUAUUGUUGUUUGACGCUCACAAACUCGACAUUUCUGAUGAGUUCAGACGAAGUAUCGAAGCUUUAAGAGGUCACGAUGACAAAAUUCGUAUAGUAUUAAACAAAGCUGACAUGAUUGAUCACCAGCAGCUCAUGCGGGUGUACGGCGCGCUCAUGUGGUCGCUGGGCAAGGUGCUUCAGACGCCCGAGGUGGCUCGCGUCUAUAUCGGCUCAUUCUGGGAUCAGCCGCUGCGAUAUGAUGUCAACAGACGUCUUUUUGAGGAUGAAGAGCAGGAUCUCUUUAGAGAUAUGCAGUCACUUCCACGAAAUGCUGCGUUACGUAAAUUAAACGAUUUGAUAAAAAGGGCGCGUCUUGCCAAAGUUCAUGCAUACAUUGUAAGCGAGUUGAGGAAAGAGAUGCCUUCAAUGUUUGGUAAGGAUGGAAAGAAAAAAGAAUUAAUCAAAAACCUCGGUCAAGUAUAUGACCGUAUCCAAAGGGAACAACAGAUAUCACCUGGUGAUUUCCCUGACAUUAAGAAGAUGCAAGAAACUCUUGCUAAUCAUGAUUUCACCAAGUUCCAUCCGCUGAAACCCAAGUUGCUUGAAGUAGUGGACCACAUGCUGGCAACAGACAUCGCCAGGCUUAUGGAUAUGAUCCCGCAAGAAGAUGUCAAUGUAGUCACCGAGCCUCUCAUCAAGGGGGUCUCGCUCUCGGGCCCGGGUGCAUGGAGCUAUGGAAGCGGCGCGUUCGAGGGAGUGGAGGACCAGGUAUCGCCGUUCGGGUACGGGCGCGGCGAGGGCGUGGACGCCGGCCACGGCGACCCCGAGUGGAUCUGUAGCAAGGAGAAGCCGCACUACGACCAGAUCUUCCACUCGCUCAACCCCAUCGACGGCAAAGUGACCGGCGCGGCGGCGAAGACGGAGAUGGUGAAGUCGAAGCUGCCCAACUCUGUGCUCGGCAAGAUCUGGAAGCUGUCGGACAUCGACAAGGACGGGUUUCUGGACGAGGACGAGUUCGCGCUCGCCAUGCAUCUCAUCCAAGUGAAGAUCGACGGCCACGACCUGCCCGCUGAGCUGCCGCCGCACCUCGUGCCGCCCUCCAAGCGCAAUUAGCGCCACUCGGGCGACACUAGCGCCACUCGGGCGACACUAGCGCCACUCGGGCGACACUAGCGACACUCGCGCCACACGUCAGCGCCGCCCACACCGCGGCACCCGUCACUAAGGAUAUGAGAUUUUGUAAUGUUUUCACUUUAAGGUCGAUCGCAGCCGCUUUGAUAGAGCUGCUUUUAUUAGUAAAUUUCAUCACCGGAGAGUGCGGCGCCCGGUUAUGAACACAAGUGUAAUUGUUAAAUCUAUUUAAUUCCUUUUUAGCGCGAAUCAGAAACACGGAACAUAUUAAAUGUUAAAUUUUUACUAUCAAAGAUUCUAUAGCCUAAGCCGUGAGAGCGUGCAGCCCGCGUCCUCCGCGCCCCGAGCCCCGAGCCCCGAGCCCCGCCGAUUGCACCUGCCGCCCAACUGUGCAAUUUUAUUAAAUGAUUUAAUUGAACAAUUGUUUUAUGAUUGACUAAAUGUAAACGCACAAUUGUAUAAGUUUUAUGAUGAUGUGAAAAAGGAAUAUCAAUAUCAUAUUUAAGACGAGGUAUGUGCGAGGUGGGGGUGGGGGGGGCUCUGCG